AUGGUCGAGGUGGCGAAUCCCGCGCUCUUCGGAGACCAAGCGACCAUCGGCUUUCGCGUGGGCCAACGACAGCUGGUGUGCCUGACUCGUGCCCUGCUUCCUGCGCCCAAGAUACUGGGGCUGGACGAGGCAACCUCACAGAUAGACGGAGACACGGACCGCCCGACACAGGCCACGCUGAGGGACACCUUCAUCCAGUGCACUGUGAUCGCCAUUGCGCACCGCAUUCACACCGUGCUCGACUACAAGAUCCUUGUAAUGGCGGAUGGUGCUGUUCUGGAGCACGGGCCAGUGAAGACGCUACUCUGUGACAUCAGUUCUGCAUUCCACACGAUGGCCAAGAACGCCUGA